UCACGGCUUCCUGACGUGCCCAGCACCGCGGCAGCGCCGCAACGGACCCAUUCCAGGAAACACAUGGACCAUGUGGAUGGGGAUGAGCGGAAGUAACUACGGCCCCGGUAUCGGCAACGCCCAGAGCCUGUCCGCCGGCGGCCGCAACCCGAGCCACGCCAGUCCAGGCACCCGCGACCUUUGUGGUGGUACGCUCGCCAACCACUUCUCGGCCGGAUCGCUCUACGGCCCCACCGAGGCCAGAGGCACCUUUGUCAGCGGAGGCACGAUGGACGUCACCGUUCGGCUGACCGCUUACCACAAGGGAUGGUUCGAGUUUCGGUUAGCUGUGCCGGCGGGCGAUACGCAGGACAUUUCACAGGACCUCCUCAACGAGCAUGUGCUCGAGAUUGACCCAUCUACCGACGAGUAUGAAAAAGCGACCGAUUACGCCGGCGUGCAGGGCGCUGUGAAGUGCCGAAACUCUGGCGGGCACCCGGACGACUCGCCGCCUGACUGGGCGCAGCAGCCCUUUCCGCACGGCUCGUGCUGCAACGGCGGCGGUGCUUGCAGCCCGCCGGCGGCCAACACCGACCGCUACGUCGUCGAGAAGGUGAGCAACGCCGGCUCUCGCGAAUACAGUCUCGUGCUCAAGCUUCCCCCGGGCGUGGUCUGCGAGCGCUGCGUGCUGCAGUGGUACUACCAGACGGGCAACUCGCCCGGGGCGUACCCCGAGGCGUUCUGGAACUGCGCCGACGUCGCCAUCAAGAGCGCCGACUACUCGGGCCCGACGGGCUGCGCCAUGCCCGGACCCGGCCCGUAUGACUCCACCGUUCCGCCUCCGCCAGCAGCCGCCAACCCUCCCGCUGCGGUCGCAAGCCCUCCCCCUCCCGCGGCCGCCAGCCCACCACCGCCACUGCCGGCGAAUUGCAAACGUUGGUGCGCGAACAAUCCAAAUCCGUGGGAGAAGAAGUGCAACUGGGUUCAGAAUUGCGCGGGCUGCCCAGAGUGCGAGGUCUCGCCGCCACCCCCAGCCGCCACGAUGCCACCUCCGCCUACCCCAACCGUCGCGACGCCGCCGCCUUCUCCGUCGCCAUCCCCGUCGCCACUGCCGUCGCCACUGCCGCCGCCGCCGCCGCCAGCCGCCGUGCCCCCGCCGUCGCCGCUCCCGCUCCCCCCUGUCGGCUCCCUCUGCGACUUUGCCGGCGGCGAGCUCUUCGACGGGACCGCCUGCGUGAGAGUCAACGCGUCGUGCAUCUCGCCACCGCCGCCUCCCCUCGCCCCAGCGCCAGUGAGCUCGCCGCCGCCCUCGCCGUCCCCGUCGCCGCCACCCACGAUCAGCGUGCCGCCGCCGCCGCCCCCAGCCGCCACGCCGCCGCCGCCUUCUCCGUCGCCAUCCCCGUCGCCAUCCCCGUCGCAACUGCCACCACCACCGCCGCCUACCCCAACCGUCACGACGCCGCCGCCUUCUCCGUCGCCAUCCCCGUCGCCACUGCCGCCGCCACUGCCGCCACCACCGCCGCCUACCCCAACCGUCACGACGCCGCCGCCUUCUCCGUCGCCAUCCCCGUCGCCACUGCCGCCGCCGCCGCCGGCAAGCGGCGGGGGGCAGUGUCUGUCCACAGGCUACCAUGCUGGCUACACCGACGCUUGGUGCGACAGCAACUGCAACCACAAUCCUCCCAACUGCCCCGCCCUUUACUGCACCCAGGGCUGCCUCGGCGGAGGCGGGGAGGGUCCGUCGCCGCCCCCCACGGUCAACGCGCCACCCCCGCCACCCCCGCCGCCCUCGCCGCCCUCGCCGCCCUCGCCGCCUCCUCCGCCGCCCUCGCCGCCCUCGCCGCCCUCGCCGCCCUCGCCGCCCCGCGUCGUGCAGUACUACGCGCAGUGGGCGGUGUACGGGCGCAGCUUCUACCCUCGAGACGUGCGCGUCGACAAGCUCACGCACAUGCACUACGCAUUCUACGAGGUGACGUCCGACUGCCGGGCCGCGUCCAUCGAUGAGUACGCCGACUAUCAGCUCUCGCAGACCGCCGCCGGCCGCACGGUGCGGGGCAACAUCGCCGCCUUUGUCGCCCUGCGCGAGGAGCAGGCCAGCCUCGGCCACACGCUGCGCCUCAUCCUCUCGCUCGGCGGCUGGACCAAGUCGACCCACUUCUCGUCCUGCAGCAAGACGCACGCCAACCGGCAGGCCCUCGUCAGCUCGGCCGUCGCGCUUCUGGACCGGACCGGCUUCGACGGCCUGGACCUCGACUGGGAGUACCCGGUCUGCUGCGGCCUGGACAGCAACGGCGUCGACCCCGCCGACUGGGAGAAUUACGUGCUGCUGCUGCAGAUGCUGCGCGCGGCGCUGGACGUGGCGCACCCGACGGAGCACAAGGAGCUGUCGAUCGCGAUGGGGAUGAGCCCGGCCGUGACGGGCAUCGCGCCCAAGGCGGCGCUCGCCGACGUGCUCGACUGCAUCUACCUGAUGACGUAUGAUUACAAUGGCGAUUGGAACGACUUCACCGGCCACCUCGCGCCUCUCUACCCCGAUCCCGCCUAUCCCGGUGACCCCGACUUCCACAUCUCGUGGGGCGUGGCCGAGUGGACCGCCGCGGUACCGGCCUCCAAGCUCGCCAUGGGCAUGCCAUCGUACGGCCGCUCGUGGUACGGCACGACGGAGCUGUUUGGCUUCGGCGCCACGCCCGGGCCGGGGACCUACUGGGAGCCGCCCAACGGGGGGGAGCAGCUGGGCAUCCUGCGGUACGACGAGAUCACCUCGAGCCGCUUCGCUGGCUUCACGCGCAGCUGGUCCGACACCGCAAAGGUGCCGUAUCUCCAUGGGUACCUCAACGGCCGGCCCGCCUUCAUCACCUACGACGACCCCGAGUCGAUCGCCAUCAAGGCACGCUACGGCCAGGCUGCUGGUCUGGCUGGGCUGAUGUUCUGGGAGGCGUCCGAGGACAGCUCCUCCGGUUUGCUGCUGCGGGCCAUCGAGGCGUGGAACGAGGGGUCGCGCCGCCGCUCCCUGCUCCUGAAGUGAAGUGCUCGAUGCGUCCAUUUGUUCACUACUGCUGCUGCUGCCCUGCUAGUAUGUGCUGUACCCGCGCGUCUACUUGGCCGACAACAACGCGCCUGUCCCAUAUGUUCUGUGUAGUGACUAGUGUGUAGAAUGUUCGAUCUUUUGUGCAUUAUAUUCUCGCACAACAUGCC